AUGACGGCGGAUACGUUUUCGCAGUUCCUCAUGGAAAACAUGACGCGUGCCUCGAUGGCGACGCUGCAGAAGUGGGACGCGAAACUGCUGGAGUUUGCCCGUCGGGUGUCACAGCAGACAUGCAAAGGUGUGGCCCUCGUCACAAGCGGCGGCACUGUCGUCCCUAUGGAGGUCAACGCCGUGCGUUAUCUCACAAAUUUUAGCACCGGCUCUCGUGGUGCUGCCACGGUGGAAGCCCUUCUGCGGCGUGGGUGGGCAUGUGUCUUUCUGUACCAGGAGAAUUCCACUCGUCCAUUCCGGCGGCACCUUGACCAGAUGAGCACGGAACAGCUCUUUGCAGAGCUUGUUGCACCAGUGCGAUCACCCAACGUCCUUGCCGCCCUGCAGGCGUAUGAAAAACACGGGGAUCGCAUCCUCUACGUUCCUUUUAAGACCUUAAUGGAAUACAUGUUUCUUUUGCGGCUUCUCUCAGAGGCCCUGAGCUGCCGUGCAGAGUCUCUUCUGUCUUUGCCCAUGAUGCUUAUUUCGGCCGCGGCGGUGUCGGAUUUUUUUGUGCCUCUGAGCCGCAUACCGACGAACAAGAUCAGCAGCGACAAUGAUCUUCACGUCUGCUUUGAAUCCGUACCCAAGAUGCUUGGGUAUAUCAGCGAGGAGUGGCGCGCAUCCUCUGCCACCGCUCCGCGGUACCUGAUCACCUUUAAGUUGGAGACUGAGGAAGAGGCAAUGAAGAAGAAGGCGCUGCAGAAUCUCGUAAAGUACAACUGUGACGCAGUUGUUGCAAACAUGCUGCAGAACUACCAAGAGAGAGUACUGGUGUACUGGAGGGGAGAGGAGCAUCAUCCGAUCCCUUUGCUUCGGUCAGAGGACACUUCCAUCGAGAUGCUGAUGGUGGAUUUAUUCCUGGAGCGCCUUGAGAGCGACACAAGGGAGCGCAGCAAACAGAUUUGA